GAGAAGAAAGAAAGAGCUGAGGACACUCCAUUGCAUGGCAUCUAUUUGCCUUGUUUUUUCAUUCUCUUUGGCUCGAUUUUCUUUUGGAAUGUCUAUGUUACGCUUGGUGCUUUGGGCUUGUGUUCAAGCUUGUUGGCCUACAGGUUUCUUAUGGAGUACUUCAGACAGAAGGAUUUGCUAUCCAUCAGCAAGUUCAACAAGUUUGAACUCAUAGAUAAAACCAUUAUUACCAAGGACACUGCAAUUUACAAAUUCAAGCUAAAUGAUCCAGAUGAAUCCAUUGACAUUCCCUUGUGCUAUAACUUGAUGUGCAAAUUUAACCUACCAAUUGAAGAUGAUGAUAAUGACAAUGAAAUUGGCGGUAGCAAUAAAGAAGUAAAAUACCAAGAUUAUUUUCGUUACUAUACUCCAAUUUCUUCAAAAUAUGAAAAGGGCGAAUUUGAUCUAUUGAUUAAAUCCUAUCCUGAAGGCAAAAUCUCUAAAAUUUUCGCAUCUUUGCAAAUCCAUCAAACUGUUUCAUUUAAAGGUCCUGUAGGCAAAUUGCCUCCAACCUUUUUGCCUUCUGUUUAUGAUGACCCAGAUGAAAUUUCAAAAUCAAGGCUAUUAAUGAUUUCUGGUGGAACUGGUAUAACUCCAAUGUUAAGAGUCAUUAUAGAAUCUCCAGUAACUUUGAAUUUAAAUCUCUUGCACUAUUCAACUUCAGCAAAUAAUCUUUAUUUAAAAGAUGAAAUCGAUAACGUUCAAUUCUUGAGAAAAAAUUUCAAUUUGAAAUAUUCCUUUGGAAAAUUU